AUGUUUGACCAGGAGGCAAAACCUUCAACUGAGGACUUGGGAGAUAAGAAAGAAGGAGAAUACAUCAAACUCAAAGUCAUUGGACAGGAUAGCAGUGAGAUUCACUUCAAGGCUAAAACUCCAGAGACCAUAAACUCCAUUCACUGUCUUGGUCUAGCCUAUUUUAACAGAGCUGAAUUUGCAGACACUGUUCAGUGUAGGAUGUGUCACAUCCAGUUUCCAGGAGAGAAGUGUUCCAGAGGAAGAGGAAUAUGUACUGCAGAUAAAAACGAGGCCUGUGCAGUAGGCAGGAUUUACAAAAAGCAAAGAAAUUUAUGGUCAAUCUGGUUAAUCUUCAUGGGCUGCCAAAGGAACUGUGCUGAAGUUGAAAAGAUAAAGUGGAGUGUCUAUAUGGUGGCAUUCAGAUGCUGCCGGAGUGCUGACCUGUGCAAUGAAAACUUGACAAGAAGUGGGUGA